GUUUGAGGCGGGGCGUAGAUCUUCAGUUGGUUUCACCGUAAACGUAAUCAGAAAGAUGGAUUGUUUGGUGUGAAUGCGAAGAAAGAUGAGGUGAUGAUUAGUAAUGAUGAAAAUAUUGGGGAUCACAAACAACUUGUUCUUCAAGAUGAGUACUCUAUGUUGGAUGGCUGGAAAGGAGGAAUCCUUACAAUCGGCACAUUUGGAUUCGACCCGCUAAUUAAAGAUGAAUUAGAAACUGGCCUAGACGACGUUGAAGAUCAUGAAGAAUGUGAAAUAAUUGCAGUUAAUGAUGAUGAAGAACAGAACCCCAUGAUGUAUGCAAAUAAUGGACGUGAGAAGGCACCAACUAUGCCAAAUGUGAUCCCGAGUUACUGCCCUCUUGCUGAUAAUGAUGAGUACUCAAACAAGGGCAUUAAGAAGGAAAGGAUCACACUGGCAGAUUUGUUCUCAACUCAUCUUUCUGAUGAUAAGGAGAAAGUCCAGCUUCCGGAUUUGUACGAUGACGUUUCUAAUAUUAAUAAUAAGAAAUCGUCGAAAUUACCCCAAGUGAAAAAUGGGCUUUCCUUUGCUAAGAAGAUUAUUCCUAGAGUCCGGGAGGAUUCUCGUCGCAUACAAAAAUUGAUGACAAGGGCAUUGAAAAAGAAGGUUCAUCCAGACAUGGAAAGCAAGAAUCAAAAGAACAGUCGGGCGAUCAUAGCAGCAGCGGCCAGUACUAUGCUCGAGCUUUCCCCUAUCACCACCUCCAAAUCUAUUUCGCUUCGGGAAAUUUUAGAAACCACUGCCUAA